GGUAGUUAGCAGGCCAACAACAACAACCGGUCGGAUAUUCAGAUUAUAUUCAAGGACUUGUAACUGAGCUUUAAAGGUGAUAAAGGCAAAGUUCAGUCGCUGGAAGCUAAGGUGGGUAAAGACAUUUAGUAGUCCUCCGCAUUGGAAGAGACCAUUCUGUUGUUCCAGCCCAACAAAUCUGGGCUAUGUGCAAGGCACCGUAAGAGGACACUAACAGAUGGUGUAAAACAUGGACCAGGGUGUUGCCGGCAGUCCUGUUAUCGUUGUCAUCAAGGCACCCAACCAGAAGUAUGAUGACCAGACCAUCAACUGCUUCCUGAACUGGACAGUGGAUAAACUAAAAACCCAUAUCUCACAUGUAUAUCCCAGUAAACCGAGCUCCAAAGACCAGAGGCUGGUGUAUUCUGGGAAGCUCCUCUUGGAUCACUUAACACUGAAAGAUGUGCUCAGAAAGCAGGAUGAGUACCACAUGGUCCACCUGGUGUGUGCAUCACACACCCCUCCUGGGUCCCCCAAGCUCCUCAGCAGCCACAGUAACAAGGCCCCUGGAGUCCCCUCUACUAGCUCCACGAUGGGUCAGAGCCCCAGUGUCCCUUCCCCUAGCCAAGAUGGCCAAUCAACCUCCAUUGGAGAGAGCUCUGACGGGCUGAGACAUCGUACAGGCCCCGCCCCUAACCAUGCAGCACACCCUGCCUUUAUGCAAGGCUAUAUGUGGAACCAGUUCCCUCCACAGCAAGGCCCUCCCACCAACAUGCCAGCCUACCCUGGCAUACAGUACAAUCCCAUGACACUGCUGUGGUGGCAGCAGGUGUACACCCGGCAAUACUACAUGCACUAUCAGAUGUUGGCUGCCUCAUCUCACCAUCUCAGGCCUGACCUGCUCUCGGCCCAGCCUGGCCAAUCAGAUCAUCUGAACCCGCCUCCCCCGGAGGAGCACCGUGGCGAUCCCGACAUCCAAUUGAACGCCCAGGGAGCAGAGGCACUGCUGAACGAGGAGGAGCAGAACCGUGAUUGGCUGGACUGGGUGUACACUGUGUCACGCACCGCCAUCUUGCUCAGCAUAGUCUACUUUUACUCAUCGUUUAGCCGCUUUGUCAUGGUGAUGGGCGCCAUGUUGCUGCUAUACCUGCACCAAGCAGGGUGGUUCCCCUUUAACCUGGAGAAUGAACUUCAGAACCCUGGGGACGGGCCCCACCAGGACGAGAUGGAGGCCGACCUUCAUCAUGACCUCCAAGAGACGGAGUGGGUGAUGGAUGAAGGCUUAGGGGAAGACGAUGGGGACAGUGGAGAGGAAGGACCGGAGGAUCCCAAUGGUAUUCCCCAUGCUGGCUUCCUCUCCACAACCUGGGCUUUUAUUGUCACGUUCUUCAUGUCUCUUAUACCUGAGGGGCCGCCCAAUGCUGCCAACUGAGCCAAUGAGCCAUGGGAGUCAGAACGGCACUACUGACUGGACUGAAUACACUCUCUUAGUAUGCCCAGCGAGUUCACCCCUAUGUCUACACAUUGUACAUCUACCGGAUCACCGGGCACUACAGAAUAACUAAGUGGUCACUCAGCCACGCAGACAAAAAAGGCUUUGAACUGGUUUUGAAGUGAACAACAAAAUGACACUUUGCGGAAAAAGAACAUCAUUUGAAACGUUCAAAAUCAUGAGAUCUAAAUAUUCUUCAGAACAAUCUUCUCGGAUCUAAAUGAUCUAAAUAUUCUUCAGAAAAAUCUUCAGUCGUUGUAGAAUAGGAAAGUAUGACUUGUAAGUUGUUAUAAGAAGACAGAGAACAUUGACCCCUGUAAUAUUAUCUGUUUAAUACCAUGAGAAUUAGCCCUAUUUCUGUGUGAAAGAAUGAUCAAGUAUGUAGUGUCUGUAUAGUUGCAAUAUUUGUUAAACUGUAUAAUCAGUGUAAUAUUGUAUUUAAUAUAAACUUGUAGGACUGGCUUGGUUCAAGCAAUCUGUUUUAAAGUACCCUAAAUCCUAUUUGUUGUGUUGUAUUUGGCGCUUAAUGUGAACAUCGGUUAAAACGUAACC